AUGCUUCGAUAUACCCGACAACUAUCCACUACACCUUGGAGACAUUUUCAGCUUCCAGCAAACUAUAAGCCUAAUGCUCGAGUGGUUAAAAAGCUCCCAUUUCGAGAAACCGUGAGAAUAUGGUGGAAUUCACUAAAGCCUGGAAGAUUGGAACAGCUCCAGAUUCAGCUUGUGAAUCUUCUGUUUCCGGGUCAUUUGGACGAAAAUGCCGGAGUAACUCGAAUGUUCAGAAAGGUUCCAAUUGAUGAUCUUGGAAAUUACAUAAAUGAAGUUUCUUUUGAGGUGGUAAACGAUGCAAAGUAUGACACCAAGCAUGUGGUGUUUGUUCAUGGCUACGGUGCAUCUUUGGGGUGCUUUGCCCGUAAUUUCCAUUUAGUCAACCAGUUCAAGGGAUUGAAGCACAACUACAAGGUCCAUUUCUUGGACAAUCUCUCGUUUGGACUCUCAGCAAACCCCAAGUUGGCAUCCAUCAAGUAUUUCAGACCCAUUCCAAGACUGAAACACAUUACAAUCAAAGAUGACCUGCCCACCGACAUCAAGAGCUUAUACAAGAAAUACUACAAGCUCGUAGAUGGUUACGACGUGGACGUAGAGAAAUGCCAGGAUUAUAAAGACCAGAUGAUUCCUCUUUUGAAAGACAUCGAGAGCUACUACAUUGAUGCCCUAGAGUCGUGGAGAAAGAGCUCUGCCAUCGGCAAAAUCGACUACUUGAUUGGACAUUCGUACGGAGGCUACUGGUCAGGCUCGUAUGCGUUGAAAUAUCCUGAUAGUCUUGAAAAUUUGUUGCUUUUGUCGCCAGUAGGUGUGGAGAGACAUGCUUAUGCGGUGACCGCUCCAAUUCCCGAGCCAAGCACUGACGUUCUGCCUUCGUUGGACCCAUCCUCGUUCAAUUUCCUCAGCAGGCAACCCAUUUUGUCCAAAAAAACCGUGACGUUUUGGUACUACGUGCAGCCAUACUUGCCUCGACUCAUGCGGUACUUGGGUCCAUGGGGUGUGGACAUGUACUACGAUAUGUGGUACAGCAAGCUCUUUGCAAUUAACCGAGUAAUUGAGAAACUUGGUGGUUCCAAAGUGUUCUCCAGCCACAACGAGUUGAAGUAUGGUACCAACUCGGAGUGCCGGCUUCUCAUCGAGUAUUUAUACAAUUCCAUUACCAAUGGAACCGUGUCGGAUACCCACAUUAAGUAUUUAUUAACCCCAGCCACCACCAGCAAAUGGCCACUCCUCGAUAAGUUCGCCAGCGCCCGCAAAGAGGAUGUGGCCAAGUUCAACACCCACAUCAUCUAUGGCCAAUAUGACUUCAUGAACUCGGAGGCUGGAGAGAAGCUCGUGCAUCAUAUCAAUGACACAUUGGGUGAGACCAAGGCCAGCUACCAUAGCGUGGCAGAGGGAGGCCAUAAUCUCUACAUGCAAAAUCCUUUUGGCACAAACGAGCUCUUGGAGAAGAUUAUUUUGCAAAAGACUUAA